AUGUCCGUUGAUCCAGAUAUCGCUAAAGAAGCGGUACCUAAACGAAGUGAAAAUAUACAAGAAAACACACCCAUCGCGGGGUAUUAUUGGAAUCAAGGAAUUGAUUACUCAAAAUUAUUUGAGUCGUAUGUUAAUACGGAGUUUCAAGCUACUAAUCUUGGGUUGGCAAUAAGAGAAAUCAUUCUAAUGCUAGAUUGUAGGCAGCAGCCGUUGAAAUCUGAAGAAGCCGAUUUGCAUGAAGCGGAUGAAUUCAUUAGACAAAACAUAGCGGGUGGCGUUGAAGAAGACUUUAUUAAAUGCCUAGCUCCCACGUACAUGGGAUCAUUCGAAUUAUCUGGCCGGUCUUUACGGGAUCGUGGUAUAAAUCGUAUAGGUAAUAGCUACUGGGCUGCGAAACAUAAAAUACCUGUGUUUUGCCCUGCGCUUACAGACGGUAGCCUAGGUGACAUGAUGUAUUUCCUCUCUUUCCGUCACCCCGGAUUAGUGGUAGAUAUUUUGUCCGAUUUGCGACGUCUAAACACUAUGGCUGUGAAAGCCACCAAAUCGGGAAUGAUUAUAAUUGGUGGCGGUAUUAUAAAGCAUCACAUAUGCAAUGCGAAUUUGAUGAGAAAUGGAGCCGAUUAUUCCGUUUUUAUUAACACAGCUUCGGAAUUCGAUGGCAGUGACAGUGGUGCUCGACCAGAUGAGGCUAUUUCUUGGAGUAAAAUAAGGAAAGAAGCUUCACCAGUUAAGGUGUAUACAGAAGCUAGUUUAGUAGUGCUUGGUGAAACUUUUGUUAAAAGACAUUUCAAUGCAAAAACAGAAAACGAACCAUGA